AUAACAAAACGGAGGCGCGAAGACAGCACCGCCAUUAUCGAUCGUCUGAGUUCUGCAGAUUUUCCUCCCAUGGAAGUCAACUCCUUCGAUCCCGAUCUGAUUCACUCCAUUUUCAAGCUGGUCUGGACCAGAAGAGCUCUCGAGCGUGAGAAAAACGAAAGCGCCGAUGCAUUGGACUCCGAGGCAGGAGCUGGGGCAUCGAAGAAGAGUCGUCCGACUAGCGCAAAUGGAAAUGCACUGAAAUUGAGUUGUGAGUUUCUCCGAAUUUUUGUUACAGAGGCUGUGCAGCGUGCUGCUGCGAUCGCGGAAGCAGAGGAUGUCAGUAAAAUUGAAGCGACUCAUUUGGAGAGAAUUCUUCCUCAGUUACUUCUGGAUUUUUGAGGUAUUUAAGGAAAUAUUAACCAAUGAAUUCUCAUAUUAGCUGAUUACUAUGCUUUUUCACCCCCUUCCCUUGAAGAAUUAAGGGCGUGUUCUUUUGG